AUGGUGAAGAUUCUCCAAACUAACUUGGGAAGACCACGCGCGGCCCACGACCUGGCCUACGCUAAGUGCAAAAAAGAACAACUGGACUUGCUGAUAGUGGCUGAACCAAACAAGGCAAAAAUAAAGGGAACAACAUGGAUCCAGGACAAACGGCAGGAUGUUGCAAUGCUGAUACUUAACAGGACUCUUGAAGUAGUUUCUACCAAGGAAAUGAAGGGCUAUAUAGUCGUCAACUUCAAAAAGAGCACUCUCGUCUGCUGUUACAUAUCUCCGAAUAUAGGAAUCAUAGAGUACAAGGCGAAAGUGGAUGAGAUUAUGCGAGAGGUUGACUAUAAAAACAAUGCAAUGGUCCUCGGAGAUUUUAACGCCAAAUCACCGGCAUGGGGAUCCACUGUAGAAGAUGCUCGAGGGGAACACUGGACAGAAUGGUUCGCGGCAAAGAACAUGACCGUCCUUAACGACGGAAUGCCGACUUUCUGCAGAGGAGCAAGCCAGACAUGCAUUGAUGUCACCGCCGUGACCUCAAAAAUGGCGGAAGAUAUCUCCAUCUGGAGCGUACUGCAGGAAGAGAACCUGUCGCUACACAAGUACAUCCUGGUAGAAACGAAAAAUCUGAUGAAGCCAAUCUGGAAAGGUGGAAAACAGAAAAAGCUCAUCGAUUGGCCGAGGUACCGAGACCAAGUCAGGGCGCGAGUACUAGAAAUGAGCCAGCAAGGCAAAACAUCCCACUAUAAAAGCUUUGAAAUACUUAAGGAUUCAUACCGCAUGGCAAAUAUCACGAGCAGAGCACCGGAUAGGCCAAUCCCAUACUGGUGGAACGUAGAUAUCGAAGAACAGAGAAGGCGCUGUAAUAUCGCCCGGAGAAUAUACACAAGGUCUGCCAAACAGGAACGGAACCCCGCCAGGCUGGGAGAGGUACAAGAACAAUACCGGCAAGCCAGACGAGAGUUCAAAAGGCUAAUCAACAAGUCUAAACGGGACCACUGGAACCAGCUGUGCGAUGAACUGGAAAACGACAUAUGGGGAAGUGGAUACAAAAUAGCGCUCCUGGGCCUGCAACACAGAACCCCCUAUGAAAUUAACCUGAUAGAAACUGCAGUGGACACCAUGAAGACGGGAAAGGCUCCAGGGCCGGACGGAAUUUCUAGUGAGGCGAUCAAAGAGGCCUAUAAAGUGGAGACUGAGUGA